CCAGGUGCUCUGAUGGCAUAUAAGGCACCUCGAUCCUUGAAAGCGUCCCAGACGGAGGACGGGCCGUGACCAGCAGAGAAGGUGAAGGAGCUGAGACAUGGAGGACAACCCAGCACCAAGUGGCAGACCCCUGAUGGAUGCCACCACCUUCAAGGACAACUUUGGUAUCACCUGGGCGAAUGAAACAUACCUGUGCUACGAGGUGGAGGUCCAGGAGGGCGAUGCCUGGGCCCCAGUGGAGGGGCUCCAGGGCUUCCUGCGCAACCAGGGUGCUGACACACACUGGAAACGCAGUCAUGCAGAGUUGUGCUUCCUGGAUCGGGUCCCUUCUUGGCACCUGGAUGAGGGGAAGCAGUACAGACUCACCUGCUACAUCUCCUGGAGCCCCUGCCCUGACUGUGCCCAGAAACUGGUGGAAUUCAUGGGCGAGAACAGCCACGUGAGCCUGCGCAUCUUCGCUGCUCGCAUCUACACCAAACUUGAUGGACAUGAGGAUGGGCUGCGCAAGCUGCAGGACGCUGGGGCCCAACUCGCCAUCAUGACCCUCAAAGAGUAUGAGCACUGCUGGGACACCUUCGUGGACAGCCAGGGCCAGCUGUUCAGGGCCAGGGAUGAACUGGAAGUACACAUAGGAGCCCAAUGUCAGAGGCUGGAGAACAUUCUCAGGAAUCAGGGAAACUGAAGGACAGACUCAACUUCUCUAUGCAAGUCUGGGGUCUUCUGGUGAACGAAGCAUUAAACACUUUCUUCAAAAAAUGAAAGCGCAUCACGUGCUGCCAUCUCCAACAUGAUCCGCAGAAUCCAGCAAAAGGCAACGAAUGAGCUCAGAAGAAAUUUUUUAAAAAUAUGAUUGAUUUACUUUUCAUUUAAAAUCUAUCAUGUUCUAAAUACACACCAGUAAUAUUCUAUUCAUUACUAUCAGAAUCAUUUUUUCCUUUUAGGGACAUGAUUAUUUUUUAAUGCUUUUAAAACUAAAACAAUAAUAUGAAAGAUUAAGAAUCUCCAUAAAA